GCAGAUGACGUGUCUGCCCGCUGCAGAAAAAGUAUCUGGGUUAUGUAGCUACGAAGGCAGAUAGAUCCCAGCUAGUUAACGUUAGCUAUCUUAUGUCAACUGUCCUAUCUAGUGAAUUCAAAUGCCAGCUAGCCUGUCACCCCCUGUGUAGACAGAUAUUAACGUUACGCCAAGAAACGUUUAGCUAACUAGGUUCGUCGAGAGAAGAGGAAAAUGUGCUCCCUGCACAGAGCGAGAGGCUCUGUUUUGGUGAUCUUCCUUCUGCUACACAGCGCUACAAGUUUCUAUCUACCGGGUCUGGCCCCUGUUAGUUUUUGUGAACCAGGACAAGCUGGGAAAGAGAAUGAAGUACCGGACUGUAAGUCGACCAUCGAGAUAUUUGUGAACAGACUGGAUUCUGUGGAGUCUGUCUUACCCUAUGAAUACACUGCGUUUGAUUUCUGCGCUAUCGACUCCGAGAAGCGUCCGUCUGAGAAUUUGGGUCAGGUUUUGUUUGGCGAGAGAAUUGAGCCCUCUCCCUACAAGUUCGAGUUCAAGAAGAAGGUGGAUUGUAAGCCGGUGUGCACUAAAUCCUACAACACCAACAAGCCAGAGGACAAAGCCCACCUGGACUUUCUGAAGAAAGGCAUGCUGCUCAACUACCAGCACCACUGGAUAGUGGACAACAUGCCGGUGACCUGGUGUUAUGACGUGGAGGACGGACAGAAGUUCUGUAACCCAGGGUUUCCCAUUGGCUGCUACGUCACUGAGGCGGGACGACCCAAAGACGCUUGUGUCGUCAACUCUGACUUUAAGGACAAAGACACAUUCUACGUCUUCAACCAUGUUGACAUCACCAUUCACUAUCAUGUGGUGGAGAACGAGGCUGCUGGGGCGAGACUGGUCGCUGCCAAGAUGGAGCCCAAGAGCUAUAAACACACCAAAGUGGAGGCCCCCGACUGUGCAGGAGGGCCCAUGUACCUGAACAACAAGUUCAGUGGAGAGCUGAAGAUCGGCUAUACCUACUCUGUCCAGUUUAUGGAGGACACAGACAUCAGAUGGGCCUCACGCUGGGACUACAUUCUGGAGUCCAUGCCUCACACCAACAUUCAGUGGUUCAGCAUCAUGAACUCUCUGGUGAUCGUUCUCUUCCUGUCUGGUAUGGUGGCUAUGAUCAUGCUGAGGACUCUACAUAAGGACAUUGCCAGAUACAACCAGAUGGACUCUGUGGAAGAUGCCCAGGAGGAGUUUGGCUGGAAGCUGGUCCAUGGAGACGUCUUCCGGGCUCCCAGGAAAGGCAUGCUCCUCUCUGUCUUUCUGGGAUCAGGAACUCAGAUCUUCAUCAUGAUGUUCGUCACUCUCUUCUUUGCCUGCCUGGGCUUCCUGUCCCCGGCGAACCGCGGUGCCCUGAUGACGUGUGCCGUGGUGCUCUGGGUCCUACUGGGCACACCAGCCGGCUACGUGGCUGCCCGCUUCUACAAGUCCUUUGGUGGGGAGAAAUGGAAGACUAACGUCCUGCUGACCUGCUUUCUGUGUCCUGGGGUUGUGUUUGCUGAUUUCUUUGUGAUGAAUCUGAUCCUGUGGGGAGAGGGCUCGUCUGCAGCCAUGCCCUUCGGCACCCUGGUGGCCAUCUUGGCUCUGUGGUUCUGCAUCUCUGUGCCCCUCACCUUCAUAGGGGCCUACUUCGGCUUCAAGAAGACCGGGAUUGAGCACCCUGUGCGGACCAAUCAGAUCCCUCGUCAGAUCCCAGAGCAGUCGUUCUACACCAGAUCUCUCCCAGGGAUCGUCAUGGGGGGGAUCCUCCCGUUCGGCUGUAUCUUCAUCCAGCUCUUCUUCAUCCUCAACAGCAUCUGGUCUCACCAGAUGUACUACAUGUUUGGUUUCCUGUUUCUGGUGUUCAUCAUCCUGGUAAUCACCUGCUCUGAGGCCACCAUCCUACUCUGCUACUUCCACCUCUGUGCUGAGGACUACCACUGGCAGUGGCGUUCCUUCCUGACCAGUGGUUUCACGGCCGUCUACUUCCUGGUCUAUGCCAUCCACUACUUCUUCUCCAAGCUCCAGAUCACAGGAUUGGCGAGCACCAUCCUCUACUUUGGUUACACCAUGAUCAUGGCUCUCAUCUUCUUCUUAUUCACAGGAACGAUUGGAUUCUUCGCCUGUUUCUGGUUCGUCACCAAGAUCUAUAGCGUAGUGAAGGUGGACUGAGUCGUUAACCAAAAACUAAACCAAUGGAUUUUCCUGUUUACUCUGCCACGCCCCCUCACCCCACUCACCCUCACCCCGCCCCCCUCACCCUCCCUGGGCUGGAGGGACACUAUUGUUACGUUACACCCUGACUGCGUACGGUGACCAGGGCCCACUGGUCUAAAUAGGGAGACAGGGGGCCGUUUGGAACACAACCCUUGUCUACUGUGUGGAAGACGCAUUUUUGUCAGAGCAGCAAGACACCAGAGUCGUGUGUGUGUGUGUGUGUGUGUGUGUGUGUGUGUGUGUACACACACACA